CUCCUGCACGCGGAGAGGGAUGCGGAGAAGCGAGCGAACUGUAACACGUCACUGAAGCGCUGGUGAACGCGACGCUGGAGUCUUAACAAGAAUUAUGCCAGGCCUGAAGAAUCGUGCCACGUGGGCUCCUCUACUGCUGAAGAGCUCGCACAUCACUUCCUGUGCCAACGGCUGUUCACUGGGCAUCAAGGCACACCUGACAUAUGUUAACACUGAACUCCAACCAGUGGAAGGGGUGUUUGUGUACCCACUGGGCGAGCAGGAGGUGGUGGUGGGCUUCGAGGCGCUGGUCUCAGGCCGCCUGCUGGGUGUGGAGCUGCAGGGCUGGGGCAGUACGGAGCCCUGCUGUCUGAGGGGCUGCCCCGGGGCAGCUUGUCCCAGCUCAGAGUUGGGGUGCUGUGGGAGGACCGGCCUGAACCUGCAGUGCCCCAACGGUCAUCUCCUCCUGGAUGAAGAUCUGGAGCGUACCACCUUCAUCAUCGGGACAGGACUGAUUGCUCCAAUGGAGAUGAUGUCUAUUGUGAUCAGCACCACGGUGGAACUCCCCACACUGGAGAAUGGUGCGAUCCACCUGAUCUAUCCCACAGUUCUCACUCCCAUAGUAAGAGCCAGGAUGCCAUCAACCAAAAGUGAAAAUGGGGGAAGAUCUGAGGAGACAAGUGCAACAAGGUGUUUCAGAGCAGUGUCCAUCAAGCAGGAGAAGGUGUCGGGGGCUGAUGAACACUGUCAUCAUGUGCUGUUCUCGAGCCCUGCCACUAACCCCACUCCCUACGAGCUCACCUUCCAGCUGCUGGUCCGAGGGGCAUGCCUGCUCGCGGGGUUAGAGAGCCCGACACAUGCCCUCAGAGCAGACGCAGACCCCGGCGCUCAGUCUGCCUUUGCCACCUACAUCACCCUGGCUGAGGACCACCCAUACGACCGCCACCUGGAGAUCGUACUGCAUCUGAGCGAGCCUCACAGCCCAUUGGUUAUCCUGGAGAGGGGCCGGCUUACCUUCAGCCAAUAUGAGCAGCAGAUCAGUGCCCGGCGUGAUUUCAUUCGCUGUGUCCGCAAGGAGGCAGAGCCUGAGAAGAAGCUGGAAUUUGUGCGGAAGCGCUACCAUAAAGACGUCCUCAACAACCCAGUGCUGAUGCUGAACUUCUGCCCGGACCUGAUCUCUGAGCCCCUGGAGCUCCAGCAGACGAGCAGAGAAGUUAUCUUCCUCAUCGACUGUAGUGGGACCACCACACAGCACUGUCUCUGCAGGAUCAGGGAAGCUCUGCUGGUGGCCACUAAGGGCCUGCCUCAUGGCGUCCUGCUCAACAUCGUGAGCUUUGGAUCCACUGUCAGACCAGUUUUUACCUCCAGCAAACCCUGCACUGAUCUCACUUUAGCCCAGGUGUUCGACUAUGUCCAGAAGUUGUGUGCGGACAUGGGGGCCAGUAACCUGUUGGGGGCGCUGUCCUGGGUUUACCGCCAGCCAGUCCAACGCAGCUGCCCCCGCCAGAUCCUCAUCCUGACUGAGGGCUCCCUGGGAUGCGUCGGACGGGUGCUAGAGCUGGUCAGACAGAACACCUGUAACGGCAGGUGUUUUGGAUUGGGUCUCGGGCCACGGGCGUGCAGGAGGCUCCUUCAGGGUGUUUCCAGGGUGACGGGAGGAAGCUCAGAGUUCCUCUGUGAGGAAGAGAGGUUGCAGCCAAAGCUAAUCAAGUGCGUGAAGAAAGCUCUGGAACCUGCGCUAACAGAUAUACACAUAGACUGGUAUGUGCCAGACAACGUGGAAGCACUCCUCUCGCCCAAUGAGAUUCCUCCGCUUUACCCAGGGAACCUCCUGAUUGGCUACUGCACUCUUUAUGAUGUAUCUGCAUUCAAAGUCAAGAAGAAUGAAGGUCACUCCUCCAGGGUCCCAGGCCGGGGCUCUUCAGGCUCCGUGUUCGAGACGUCUCCCGCCACCUCAGAGCUGCUCCAGCCGCUGGUGCAGGCGGGUGAGGAGGGGCAGGGGGAGGAGCCUGAUGAUGACAACAGGGAGGAUGUGGGGAGGGGGCUCUCACGGGAGAUCUCCUCUGAGUUCUCCUGCGCCCCCGCGACAGACAUCACCAUCAACACCAGUAACACCAUCCCUGAGCAGGACUGGGUCAUGAGCAGCGUGCGGCGGAGGAUGGAGACAGCGUCCUACGUCCAGGAGCAGUACAUGCUGACGCGGUGCUCUCUGGACAGCGACAGGGCCUUGCCCACGCUUGGACCCCCAGCCGAGAACCUCCUCCUGGGCUCGGACUCCAGCUCACUCCCCCAGGGCCUGGAGAAGGUGUUGCCACCUCACACCAGGGGCCUCUCCCGCUGGGAGUCACCAUGGCAACAGAGCACUGCCCCAUCAGUGGAUGCGGGAAGCGGGAAGAGAGCUCUGGCGCGCUGUGCUUUGGCUGCCCGGAGCUUCUCCUCACCACAGGGCGACCUUGACAUGCACCGCCUGCGGAGGGCACUGGAGAGGGUGUCCUUCGAGCAGACCAUCGGGGACAGACUAGAGGAGACUGACACAGAGACACACAGCACUCCCAGAGCACCUUUAUCUGUCACAGACUCCAACGGCCACCUGUUCCCAGCGUCCCCACUCGACUGGGACAACUUCGCCGACCCCGAGGGUCUAUUUACAGCUGCCCCGGGGGACGAGUCCCAGGCUGUGGGGGUCCCCUGCCGCUCGGUGAUCCACGGCAUGCUGGGGACCAGGCCCGUGUCCUGGGAGGUCAGUGUGGACCUGGCCCCCCUGUGGGACCCGGAGGGCCUCCCGUCUGGCCCCUGGGAUGAGAUCGUCCACCAACUCACUGCCCAGUCUGUCAUCAGAGACUUUGAGAACAUGGCUGAGAAAGAGACAGAUAUAGAACAUGGUUCAUCUAAGCGUUACCGUAUGAAGGCCAUCCAGACCAGUAAGAGUUGUGGAAUCAUCUGUAUGUACACAACAUUCACUGCGACUGAUACCCGCCCAGGCCAGAGCUCAUCAGAGACACGACACACAGGUGUGAGGUUUGGGAGCAGACACAGUACUGGCGUCAGGAGACAGAGGGCGCAGUCAGUCGGCCUUGGUCACAGACCAUCCAGCAGAGACAGUGAAGAAACAGACAACAUACACACCUCUAUAGGUCUGAGCAGAAGCGCGGCCCUCAUCAGCUCCUCGACCUCCUCAUCUCCUCAGCGUUCCAGUGAGAGCCGUUCCUUCGACAGCUUCUUCGGAUCCAGGUUUAACCUGGGCAGGCUUAAGAACAGUUACAGCUCAGGACGGCAAGCCCCUCUGAAACCCCAGUGCCUGUCUGCCGAAUCAGACACACCCGCAAACUCAGAGUCACCUGACUACCUGCCUCUGGUGCGCCUGCAGUUGGCCUCGGGUGCCUUCCUGCUGUCCAGCUCGUUCUCUGAGUGCAUUGACAUCCCUCUGGAUCGCGUGAAGAGAGCGUCUCCAUACCUUAGCCAUCGCAGCAGCCUGAGCCUGCCCUGCACCGCCCGCCCCAUCGCCCCCUACAGGCCGGAGGACCGGCCUGCCGCCCGCCUGCGCCAGGCCUGCUACAGCGAGCCCCUCGCCCCAGAGGAGGGGUCUCUUGACCUCACGGGCAGAGUCCUGCAGGCAGACAGUGGGCGUGGCUCUGAGACAGACAUGUGCGAAAGGUCCCCGCUGGAGGUGGCGGAACUCCAGGGCGAGGAGCUGGCACAGCUCGACGUGGAGAGCUCGAGCUGGGCGACGGCUGUGGCGCUGGCCUGGCUGGAGCACCACUGCGCCGGGUUCUUCGUCGAGUGGGAGCUGGUAGCUGCCAAGGCGGAUUUUUGGCUCAAGUGUCAAUCACUGCCGGAGGGCGUGGACUUGCCAGGGCUAAAGGCGGCGGCCAGGCAGAUGUUCCUGUUGCUCCGCCACUGGGACGAGAACCUGCAACUCAACGUGCUCUGCUACAACCCAAAUAACAUGUGAUAGAACCUUUAACUCAACACGCUCUGCUACAACCCAAAUAACAUGUGAUAGAACCUUUAAUUCAACACUCUGCUACAACCCAAAUAACAUGUGAUAGAACCUUUAACUCAACUCCCUGCCCUGACUAAACUAAACCUGCUAACGAACUGAGCUGAACCAGGUGUGUUAAAGCAGGAAGUUCUGGUGGACACGCCCAGUCUAUCCCAGCAUGCCGAGUACAGCAUGGCUGUCCCCACACCACGGUGCCUCUGUCUUCAGGACAGGAUUAUCCAAUCAUCAGACACUUGAUUAGAAACAGAUGUACAGUGUGUAGCCCAUCUGGUGCCUUUUAGUGGUCAGAAUGGACCACUACCUAAAUACUAUCCUGUCAGUGGGGUCCUGUGGGCUGAGACCAACCAGGGAUGAAGAGUAAAGAGAGUGGUAGUCUGUAACAGUACUUACAUCAUCUUCUGGUUAGACUAGUGGUGUUUCAUUUUAUACUGUUCCCAUCAACCACCCUAACACAUUAUGUGAGUACUGUGAGCACUCAUCUCCCGCUCCAUUAUGCCUAUGGGUAAGACAGACAGACCUACUGGAAGUGAAAAAUCGUGUAUUAGUGAUUUAUUGGUAUGAUCCUAACGGCCUUACUAUGAUAACGUGCUUGCCUGAGUCACUAAUGCUGAAGUCACCCUAACAGAAGAUCCUCAGCCUGUAGUUUCAGACUUUUCCAAAGGAACACCAAGGGCUGCAACAUCACCCAGCCUACUUAAAAAUGACUCUCUGGUCAGCAGGGAGGUGUCACUAUGCCUUUACGUGCCGAUGUGAGAAACGCAUCAAAUAACGAGACGACCUUGUCGGGUUGGAGUCUGAGCUAGUUUUCAUGUUUUAAUGGUUUAUUUGAUUGACUGUACAGCGGACCAAGGACCUGCCCUGUGGUCCUGUGUAUAUCAGCUGCCUUGAGAGAUUGCCUGACUGAAAACGUGAGAGCAGAGGUUUUACUGUUUUCCCGCUUAAUGUUUUGCGUUGUGAUGACUUUUCUUCUCACUGGUUUCUGUUAGAUUGGCUUAGGUUACGUUCCCCUGUCACACUAUCCCAAUUUUGUUUGUUUAUUUGAGGAAUUACCAACAGGCUUUAUUGUGAAAGACUAAAAUAAAGCAAUAAACUUUGACUUUGCUCCUGAUGUUGGAUGUAUAAUAAACCUGUUUUGUCACAUGACAGCGUAACAGCUGGUUCACACUGAGACUGAACUUUAUUUUCCAGACCUGACACAUGUACCAGCGAAACCAAUGAAUCUCUGGACCAGUCUGGCUUUGGCUUUGCUUCUUAAUUAAAUAUGUAAAAUCAUGCAAAAACGAACAGCAGCUCAACACUAUUUUGCGAUCAUGUGAAGAGGACUCUUCACACGGCAGUAAAUGUAAAAUUUUUCUACUGUUCCCUGGAGAGCAUAUGAUUUUCAUAAGCCACAAGAAAAGAAUUUCAGAAAAGACAGACAAAAAAAAAGACAAAAUGAAAACAAAAAGACAAAGCAGGAAGGUAGUGGCAGUACACUGAGCUGUGUCAGUAACUGCAGAAAGACCAAAGUCCUGGACGUAUCCGUGUAACUGUGACCUGUGUCACAAUUCCUGAAUGAGUUUUGUUUGGCAAAAGCUUAGUCACAUUAAAAAAAAGCAAAAAAACAACGAUACUGAAAAGAUCCCAGACGAAGGAUGUAACAAAGCACAUAAAAAUCCAAUCACAGCCCUGCUCUGCUGGAGGGAGGUCCUCCAUUACAGAUCCAGACAGUGAUUAAUGAAUGACUAAUGAUUAAUGUUUAAUGAUUAAUAAUUCAU